GCUUCAUUCAGCUCAGCUCAGCUUCAACUUAUAACAAGAACUCCGCUUCUUUUCUGCACGAAAAAAAUUCAAUAAUUUAGAUCCAAAAUGACUAAUCAAACUAUGGAAGAGAUUUGUGACGAUUAUUUUGCAUCGAUGAAUCCAAUAGCUUACAAAAUUAUAGAAGAAAAGAGGAAAUGCAUGGAGAAAAACAGGAGGAAUUGGGAGAGAUUGACGCAAGCUGAAAAGGACUCACUCCUCGACGAGUGGUUUAUUGACCCCGAUUUAAAAAUUAGGUAUGAAAUUCGUCUUCAGGGCCAACUCCUAAGCAAUAAAGAUGCCCCGCCGGAAAGUUUUCCGCGGCUGAAUAUCCAAGGAGGAACGAAGACUGUCCAAUAUACUGAGCAUGAGGAUGGGUCGCAAAGCAAAGGAAAUACAAUUACAUGGAAGGAUGAGUUUUCAGGGCCCUUCUUAUGGGAGACUAAGUGUCAACAGGACCUACCCAUGAUGUCCCCUGGAUCUAUCACAGCACAAUCAACAAGGAAUGGAGAAUAUCCAGAGAACAGAUUCUCUCUCGGUCUUGAUGCCAACGAUGAGAGCCAGCUCAUUGUUAACUCUACAAAGUCCAAGGGGAAGGAUGGUAAACGGGCACCGGAUCCAGCCGAGAAACCUGACAAGACAAAGCUCAGCAGGAAGGAUUCUAAGAAAGAGGAGCGUGCCAAGGAGAAGGAGAGGGCCAGGGAGAAGGAGAACCAGAAGCGAGAGUCUCCUGUCUCCAUAGUCCAACAGCAACCGAAGAUCGGUCAAUCUCCUCUUGCCGAUAUGAACCAGAUCAUGAUGGACAAGAAUGGAAAGGGACCCAAGAAAGACAAGACAGAAAAGGCCAAAUCACCAAAGGCCCCUAGAGGACGUGGCUCGGGUAAAGCCUCGCCUAGGAGGGAAGGCAAGAAAGAGAAAAACUUUGACUUGGAGGGGCUCCUGCCUGCAUCUGAUCCAAAGGAGGAAAGGUCCCUCGAAGGAAUCAACUUUUCAAUGUCUGGAUUGGAGACAACGGAAAGUGAUGGACUGUUGUCAUCGACCGCAACUACUAGAGGCCUCAGCUCUGGACCUUCGGGAUCGGUGCAACAUACCCCUGUGCCAUCUUCACCACCACCCUCUUCACCUCCUGCUUCAGCAGCAAGUGCUGGAAGUGAUCAGGCUACUGCUUCAGAAGGUGGCGGAGGAGCCGAAGGAGAGGAAGGGGCUUCCUUUGAUUUCUUAUUGUCAUGGUAACCAACCAUUCACCAGUGGCAGCUAGGACUGGAUCAGCUAAGGAUUAAAAAUAUAACAUCAGUGGUUAUGAAAAGCCAUGUAACUUGUAACUUUAUCUUUGCCAUGAUUUGUAAUGUACAUGUAUAUGGUUUACGUCUCUAUAUGAAAAGAAUGAACUUGCUGGCUCCAAGUAGUUUUUUUUUUUUUUUUGCUCAAUGUGAAAUGCCAACAGAGUAGUAUCAUUUGAAAUACAUAUAUAGGCCAAAAUGGGUGUUGUAAAUGUAUUACUGCCUUCCAAUGGCAUAAGGAAGUAAAAAAAUGUAUUUGAAUUAUUAGUAUUUUCUUAUUGCACUCUUUUAGGGGGUCAUAUUUGCAUUUGUUUUUGCGACACAAAGAAAGAGCAUCAUUUGUGAUGCUUGGACAACUCUUUUUAUUGACUGUUGUUACAAGUUCACUGUGGCCAGAUGUAUGACAUCACACAAUCUUAGUUCGUGCUGAUGGGUUGUUUUUUUUUUCUUUGGAUCAGGCAUGUUUGCGAGAUCUUCAAGGAUGUAGAGCUAAAUGUCCUUCGUAGAUUAAAAAGGAGAAUUGUUGAGCCAUUUGCUACUAAAGCAUCUUUUCCAUUUUGGGCAUGAACUGCAGAUUCUACAUAGAGUGUCGAGUGUGCGAGAACAGCCUAUUACGUGUACCGUAUGUGUAUCUCUUGAUAAGAGAUAUAUUGUGCAAGAUGUAGUAUUCCAUUGGCAUUUGUGUAAAUUAGAGAUAAAUUUUGCUCUUUGGUUGGAAAUGUCACAUUUUUCACUUGCUUCCUUUUGCCAUUAGGCCGAUUAAAACAAAUAAGUGUAUCUCCUGAGGAGAAAUCAUCAAGGCAUAUCAAGUUAUAUAAACAAAUUAUAAAAGAAAAUUGCAAGAGGGGAUGAGAAACAUUUUUUUUUUUUUGGGGGGGGCCUUUUAGAUCAGCGUGGUGUUUUGGCCAUGGUGUUGUAUUUCUGAAUUCUUGCCAUUUGUAGACACUUAUUAACGGCAAUUGUCAGUAGUUAUUCAGCUGAUUUAUGUACAAGAAUAGAAGAGUAUUAUAAAAAAAAAAUUAUAUGAAUGUAUGCAUUAUCAGUCAUCAAAUAAUAUUGCACUUGCUUUUAGUAGGCAUUUUUUUGUUGAAAUCUCUGCUGGAGAGAGAAGUUUGGCUCCAUGAGUGGCUUCAAUCAUUAGAUAUUCAUAGAUCUGCAUUUGUACUGCAUGUGGCUAUUGCUUCAAGAACUUCUUGAGUACAAAUGGGAAUUCUGAUUGAAGUGGGCCGACCAGGGUGCUCUUCCAAAAAAGCUGUUUGUAAGUAAUGCACGAUUUCUACACAUGGCUGUUGAGCUGAUUACGAGUCAAGUUUUCACUGGUAUUUAAAAAAAAAAAACAGACCGAUGUGUUCAUAAACCUCAUCAAACUUUUACAAACAACAGUUUGCAUUUUGCUUAUUAAUACAGAGGAUUUUUUUAGAUCAGAUUUCAACUGUAGCUGCAGGGGAAUAAAAUUGAUUGAGAAUCUGAUAUCACCAAAGAAGUGGUCUCCAGUUGCAUGUAUAAAGUCAUCCCGUAACUUCCAAACAACUUCAUGAAGCAGUGGCACCCCGUUAUAUGUUGCAUAGUCUGCUCCUCUGUGCACAGGCAGUUGAUGUUAUUUUUUUUCUGAACUCCCACUUUACUAGGUUAGUUUUGCCCAAGUAAUAGAGACAGGGAUCUUCAAUAGAUGGAGGUGCUGCUUUCUCUGUGGUGCUAAGCUGGCAGAGAAGCCAUUUAAAGUCUAUCCAUGGUGUGGCUUGGAUAGUAGAUACCAUACUAGUUGGUAAUCAGUCAUGUUCUUUGAAUCAAUGCAAGUGCUACCUGUAAUCUUUAGGUAUUGUCCAGUAACACAACAGGUGCUAUAGAUUUCUGGAUUACGCCCUCUUCUUUCCUAUGCAGUCAUGGCUCAAGGGGCUUCAGAAUGGAGGUGGACAUUGGACCUUUUUGUUGUAAAGAUUUGUAUUUUUAUUAGUUGUGGGGGGGUCAUAGGUGUAAGAUAUCUACAGUAUAAAAGAAAUGUAGUUUUAUUGAAGAGACUGUUAUUUUGCUCGUUCUGUACCAGCCCAUUUUUUAAACCAACCCUAUUCCCAUUUCCUUUCCCCUUGAAAGUAAAUCUCCAGAUUCCAGAGCUGUCUGUUUCAUUUUACACAAUGCCAAUCCUUGAACUGAGUUGUAGAAUAUAAUUAAUGCAAAGUGGGGUUUCUUUCUUCAUUUUUAAUUGAAAGAAUAUCAAACUUAUGGACUUUCUCUUGAGGGGAUGUCAAGGUUUCCUUAGUAAGAUUGGAUGUAGCAGAGAAUCAGGAAUAAAGAUUCCUUUGUUGGAAGAAUUGUGUAGGACUGUAAGAAAUGGUUGUCUUGAAGGAUAUUACUCUCUUUUAGACAAACUGAACAUGCUCUUUGGUUUAUAGGGAAGGGGGUAUUUAUUGAAGGAUUUUGCUGAAGUAACAUGGCCACCUUCGGCCUAUAAAGAAGAUAAGAUGGUGGGGUAGUUUAUCUGUUUAGCAUGCUGUUUUGCAAAAUGUGAGUUAUCAUUUGCAUCGAUAUUAAAUCGUUAGAUAAAUAUGUUGUUUGAUUUUGUAGAAUUGCAGACAGAAGACAGAUCAUUAUCAGUAUAUUCUGCGUCAUAACAAACAAUUUGGUUUUGUUGUUGAAAGCAAUCCUAUUUAAGAGAUGGGUCUAAUCUCAGGAUUAUCAACAAUGGUCAUAUCUUAAUCCAUUUAAUCUGAUUUAGUAUGCUCAGGUACUUUCACACUUCCCCUGUCAAGAAAAGUCACAUAAGGCAACAAAAUACCUAAUGAUUAUUGUAUGUGUUAACACUGACCAGUACAUGCAAAUUCUCAAAAGAUUUAACGUGCGACAAUGUGCAUGUGCUUGCUGAUGUUUUGUGAGAUUGAAGUUCUUUUAUACUUCUUGUUAUUUGUAAAUUCCUGUAGCCUAUUAAAAGUUCAAUUGUUGAGAGGAGAGCACUUCUCUUUCACAUUUUCAGGGCUACGUGGCUGUGAGUUGAACAAUAUGUAUGAACAAAUUACAUUUUUGGAUUCCCAUUGAUUUAACAUACAUUUUCAAAAUUAGGAGAAUACAUAGUUUCAUCAUUGGGAAGAUGUGACAGCAGAUGAUCAUACUAUUUGCAGAUUACCUUGAUAAAAGAUUAUUUUGUAGUUCAUGUAUGUGAGUUGUUUGUAGUAGAAUUCGCACUAUUUGGAAGUACCCCCAUUCUUGUAUUCAGUGUAAAAGUGUCCCCAGCCACCCAACUUUUUCUGUAUACUGGUAACUGUUAAAAUCAAGGCUCAGUUUGCAGUAUUUAAUGUGAAAGCAGUAUGUUUUCUGCUUGCUGUUGGCACUUAUCCGAGCUAACCAGUAUCAGAUUACUCAUCUUUCAAUUUGCAAUGAUAUAUCCAGCCGUAAUCUUCAACUGGAAAUCAAGAAGAAGCAAUUAUUGCAAUGCAAUAUUCUUUACAUGUACAUUUCAUACUAUUAAUAGUUUUGCUAUUACUUGCAGGUCUAGGUUUAGACAUACAUAUGCAUGAAUGUUUUCAUAUAGUGCAGUAUUUAUAGUCUACCUGCAAUAUGAUUCUGUUCAAUACAUUUGUGGUAUUAAUAAGUACUACAAACCUUCAAAUAUCAACAAUCAUAUUUUCUUCGGCUCCAUUUCCUGAAGCAUUAUCAUUUUUUGUUUGAAUAAUUUUCAAUUUGGAGGAAGUUUGUAAUAGAUUUUUGCUGAACAUUUUCAGCAUUCCUAUUGUAAUUUAAUCAUGAUUUGUGCUUGAAAAUAUGAGAAACUGACAUACGUGCAUUUACUACUGCUUAUGGUAAGCCAUGUAUGAAAUGUUGUAAGCAAUUUUAUGGAACACCUUAGAUCUAUUAGUAAUGAGUUUUCAUGGUGUGAUAGAAAAAAAUCAGUCAUUUUUUAUGGUAUUCAUGUUUAUUGUUUAUACAAAUGUUCUACCUGUAGUUUCAUUGAUAUCAAAACUUAUCAACCACUGAUCUGGUUUCAUUUGUGAACAUAAUUCAGUAGAUUUUUGCUUGUUUAGGAAAUAACCAUCAAAACAAGAAUCAACAACACAAUAUUUGUGAAAUAUGUUGGGGUUUUUAGUGGGAUAUCAUAUUCAUUUUGUCCCCAAGUACUUGUAAAGUUAAUCACACUUUACAACUUCCAUUUGAAUGGAUUAUACAUUGUAAUAUAUAUGCAAAUUUAUUUAAAGCAGUGCUGAUUUAAAGUUAAUAUUCAUUCCUAUCCAACUGCAGUCUUUGAAUUAGGAAUAUGAUUCCAAACUAAUGCAACCAACUUGAAUAGCCUACGGUGCAGACACUCCAAUUCCCCAAAUGUAUCAGGUAGUUGGAGUUAUAGUCUGUUGAAUAGGAGUUAACGAUGUGUCAAAUCAUUGCCAAAAGCUCCAAAAGUUGCUGAUUUGGUUGUAUUUUAUUCAAACAUGAUGAUUUGAUUUCAUUUUAACUUCAUUGGUUAUGUGUGGAGUAUUCACUUUUGUUAUAUUUAUGUUUAAAAUAGAAUAUAUAUUUAUGUUUAAGACUGAAUGUAUUCAGGAAGCUCUCUGUGUGCCAAAAUAUUUAUUUAUUCAUUUAUAUGUGUGUUUAGUUUGUGAAUUUGUUACAUCAGCGCUGCAAUUUAGCUGUUAGGCACUGUGUAUGUGUUUAGAUACAUCAUAAUGUCUUGUAUUGUUUAUGUAUUCUCAUGUAUUAGUUUUAUAUUUUUCUAUUGACUGAUUUAUUUUUUAGUACCAGUAGGUAUAGUGAUUUACAAGUAUGUGUUGUAUUGUAUGUUUCGAUGCAUGUGUCCAAAUGUAUUCGUUUUCUAGUAUCAAUAAUGUAAUAUGAGAAGACGCAUAUUUGAGGAGGGUAUGAUAAGUAAGAAUACAAUGCAAUUAUAUCCAGAACAACUCCAGUCUUGUUGACCAUUCCAUCCACCCCAUCUGUGACUCUAUUCAGACACUAGACCUGGGGAGUGUUUCAUGGCAGGACUUGUCAGACAUUUUAUCCGACAAGUCCCAUUUUAUCCGACAGUUACCAUAGG